UAUUACUACAAGAUUAGGAGAGGAGAUCGUCUUCUUUCUUCUUCUCUCUUUUUUUUUUUUUUUUUCUAAAUUUAUUUAUUAUAACGUAAGAAUCUAUAGUCGCUACUUUGAUUUCUUGCAUUAAUGGAAAUCAAUACUAAUCUAGUACGGGAAGUCGACGAUGCUACUAAUUCAAUUUUAAGCUUAAAUCUCAACAACAAAUUCCUCCAAGAGAACAAACAGCAACAAGACGACUUGCCAAAGGAUUCAACUCACACAAAAGAACAACAUCAGAGAGAAGUUUUAAUCGAGAAACUAAAGAGAGUUAACGAUGAGAACAAGUACCUCACUUAUCUCAUAACAAACAUGUGUGAAAGCUACACUCAUCUACGAAAUUUGCUCGUCCACCACCCCACCAAGAAUGGCGCCGUUGCGUCGCCCAACUGCAAGCGAAAAGCCGAGCACGUCACUAAUGCCAAGGGCCCCAAAAAUGGCCCUUCCGAUUGUAGCUCCAUCGACGAAGAUCCGCCCAAGAAAUUGAGAGGGGACUACAUUAAAGCGACAAAGAUUGCUAGUGUUUCUGUUAGAAUUGAGGCAUCCGAUACGAACUAUGUGAUUAAAGAUGGAUAUCAAUGGAGGAAAUACGGACAAAAGGUCACACGGGACAAUCCAUAUCCGAGAGCCUACUUCAAGUGUUUGUUUGCUCCGAGUUGUCCGGUCAAGAAGAAGGUUCAAAGAAGUAUAGAAGAUAAAUCAAUUGUGAUUGCGACAUAUGAAGGGGAACACAACCAUCCUUCGCCUGCAAACUCCGAAACCGGAAACAAAUCCACCCAGAGCUCGACGCCAAGGGUUGUUUCUUGCUCGAAUUUUGUAAGUUCAUCCCGACCAAAAACAACAGUCAAUAAGCCUAAGCCAAACCCAAAGGCAAGUCGCAAAGAAGAAAGAAGAGGUUCCACGUGGAAAAUGGACAUGCCGGAAUUGCAAAAGUAUUUCGUGGAACAUAUGGCUACGGCCUUAGCCAAAGAUCCCGGUUUUAAAGCGACGCUAGCGGCGGCGGUUUCCGGGAAUUUUUUGGAACAAAAAAGUAUGACUAAAAAUUGGUAAACAGAUAGCGCAGUUGUAUGUAUAUAUUAUUUGUUUUGACUAGGAAUAGGUCUUGUCAAUACAUUGGUACUUGUUGUAAUGAAAAAAUAAAUAUUGUUCAACCGGGUAAUAGUACACUUAAAAAGAG